AAUGUUAGUGGCGAAUUAGUAAGAGAACUUAAACAUGAUCCACAAAAUAUUGCAGGGGCAUUUCACAAGCUUGCUCCAUUUUUUAAGUUAUAUUCUGUUUAUGCUUAUGAUUAUGAGCAAAUUCUAUCACUACUGCAGAUGAAGCAGGAGAACGAUCUAGCGUUUAAAGAUUUUGUUACUAAACAAGAAACAAGACCAGAAGUUAGUAAAAAGUUACCUUCAUUACUAAUUACACCAAUACAAAGGGUACCUAGGUAUAAAUUACUUUUACAAGAAGUCUUGCAACACACACCUACUAAACAUAAAGAAUAUAAUCUUUUACAAGUGUGUUUAGUAGAAAUUGAAAAAGCUGCAAGGCAUAUAAACACCUUAAUUGAGGAACAUGAAGAGACCCAAAAAUUACUGAAGUUCCAAAAAUGUAUUGUAAAUCCUAUUAAUUUAAUAAAACCUGGCAGAAAGUUAAUUAAACAAGGAGCAUUGAUGAGAGUCUCUAGGAAAGGAAGUUCUGCAUAUAGAAGAUAUUUUGUUCUUCUGAAUGAUACUUUACUGUACUGUAAAGGAGAUCCCGAAAACUCGUUGACUGUAUGCUGUGCUUUACCAUUGAAUAAAUGUAACGUUGAACCCGUUUUGAGUGGCGGAUUGUUUCGCGUUACUUGCUUAAAUGAAACUCUCUUACUAUAUUCUGAAAAGGAUGACAGUAAUCUAUGGAUGGAAGCAAUACAAAGUUCUAUAAGAAAGUACGCAGAGUGUAGGCAAACAUUAAGAAAGGAUAGCAGCUCGAGAAAGCCGUUGAGGCAUAAUAAUCUUAAUUUAUUCCCAUCUGAAACUAUACCUGUGGCAACAGGUAAACGGAAAAGAUCAAAUGAAGAAACUGAGAUCAAUCUGGAUGUAUCAAGAAUUAUGUAUCUUAAGAAGGACAAUGAAGCAGAUGCAGAUGUGCAAUCUGAAAAUAAUUGUUUAUACUUUAUACCAAAAUUUAAAAGAUUUAAGAAAGACAACAGUCGCCUUAAAUGCUAUAACCAGCACAUCAAUUACAAAAUGGAAGAAAAAGAAAAUAUGCACUUCGCAGAACGAAAUAAACCAUGUUCGUCAUCUAUUCGUUCUGGAAGUGUUGAACAAGGAUCAUCAAGGUUCAAAUCUAUCAGUGAAUUUUUUGUAUCCCUCAGUUCGUCGUUGAAAGGUUUCUUCAGGUUUAGAUGACUGUUUUUAUGAAUGAAUGAAAUCAAUAAUAAAAAUGACGAAAUACAUAA